AUGGCUGUUUACAACAGUGUAACCCUGGGAAAACUAUACAUCCCUGCAGGCUCAUUUGUGAGGACUAAAAGAGAUACCACCGAGGACUCAUUCCACACAGAGGCGCACAGCGCGCCGUCGCAGCGCUGGUCCAUGCAGGUGCCGGCAGAGGUGAGCGCGGCGGCGGGCGAGGCGGCAGUGCUGCCCUGCACCUUCACGCACCCGCACGGGCACUACGCGGGGCCGCUGACCGCCAUCUGGCGCGCGGGCGAGCCGUACGCGGGGCCGCAGGUGUUUCGCUGCGCGGCGGCGCGGGGCAGCGAGCUGUGCCUGACCGCGCUCAGCCGCCACGGCCGCUUCCGCCUGCUGGGCAACCCGCGCCGCAACGACCUGUCCCUGCGCAUCGAGCGCCUCGCCGCCGCCGACGCCGGCCGCUACUUCUGCCGCGUGGAGUUCGCGGGCGACGUGCACGACCGCUACGAAAGCCGCCACGGCGUCCGGCUGCGCGUCACCGCAGCGCCCCGGAUCGUCAACAUCUCGGUGCUGCCUGGCCCCGCGCACGCCUUCCGCGCGCUCUGCACGGCCGAGGGGGAGCCGCUGCCCACCCUGGUCUGGUCCGGCCCAAGUCUGGACAACCGCUCAAACGCCACACCAGGCCCGGCUCACGGCCACCAGGUGACCGCCGAGCUGCCGGAGCUGACCCACGACGGGCGCUACACGUGCACGGCGGCCAGCAGCCUGGGCCACGCCGAGGCCAGCGUCUACUUGUUCCGUUUCCACGGCGCCGGCGGGGCCUCGGCGCUCGCCCUGUCGCUUGGCGCUCUCGGCCUCAAGGCGCUGCUGCUGCUCGGCGUCCUGGCUGCGCGCGCUGCCCGCCGCCGCUCAGAGCACUCUGAUACCCUGGACACCUCACCACGGCCCCAGGCUCAGGAGUCCAGCUAUGAAAACUUGAGCCAGAUGGGCCCCCGGACUCCACCAGCAGCCAUGUGUUCCCCAUGUUCUCCUUGA